GUUAUUGGCAGCAAUAAUGGUGCAAUUGUUCAACUUGGGAGUAUCUCUAUGAAUAAAUUGUACAUAAUUAAACACUGGAAAGAUUGUUUACAUGGUAUCAUUUGAAAUGUUUUGCACUUAGAAUAGUGAUACAAAAUGGAAAAAGAGAGAAUAAGUGAUGAUGGAAGACCAGACCAAAAGAAUUCCUUAGAUUUUUCUGAGCAUUUUAACCAACUCGAAUUACUGGAAACACAUGGACAUCUUAUUCCUACCGGCACCCAGAGUCUCUGGGCAGGGAGCUCUGAUGAAGAUGAGGAGCAAGAGGAAAAAUCUGAGGAAUGGUACCAAUUGCAGGAAAAAAAGAUGGAAGGAAACCCAAGCCAGUUGCUUCUUUGGGCUGCUGGAAAAAAUAGGCUGGAUACAGUACGGAAGUUGCUGUCAGCCAAGGCUGCUGAUGUGAACACGCGAGAUGAGGAUGAGUAUACGCCCUUGCACCGAGCAGCCUAUGGUGGCCACUUAGAAGUGGCCCGGGAGCUGAUCAGCCACGGAGCCAGUGUUCACGCUGUGACCAGAGAUGGCUGGACACCCCUGCAUAGUGCCUGCAAGUGGAACAAUGCCAAGGUGGCAUCCUUCCUGCUUCAGCAGGGUGCCGAUGUCAACGCCCAGACCAGAGGCCUCCUCACGCCCUUACAUCUUGCCGCAGGGAACCGAGACAGCAGGGAAACCCUGGAACUCCUCCUGAUGAGCCGCUACAUCAAACCUGAUCUAAGGAACCAACUGGAAGAGACUGCUGCAGACAUCGCCAGGAGAGCAAGUGUCUUUCACUAUCUCUUUGAGAUCGCCGAGGGCUGCACAAACUCGUCGUCUCCCGCCUAGCCAUCCUGGCAGGUGCUGGAGUACCAGUGCCUGCAUCGUUUCUCAUGACAGAAAACAACAGCAGAGUCUUACUGCAGAAUCCCGUGGUCCCCGCCCAUUGUCCUUCCUAGUGAAGUGAUGUCCAAAUGUUUGUAAAGUUAACUGUGUAUGUCUCUUUAA